AUGGAGGAGGCGCGACUGACCCCGGAUCAGCCGUCGUCAUCGGAGGCGGCGUUCCCGCCGCACGCGCCGACCGCGCUUCGAAGCGGCGAGCACGGCGAGAUGGGCCGGCGGAAUUCGAUGGAGGACGCCAUCGCGCGCGUCGAGGACGUCGACGUAUCCGGUCGCGGCGACGACGGCGGUCCGCUCGCGUUUUACGUCAUAUGCGACGGCCACGGCGGGUCCGCGGCGGCGGAGUACGUGUCGAAGUACCUCGUGAAGAACAUCACCGCGGACGAGAGGUUUAGGAAAGACCCGAGCGUCGCGAUGAGAGACGCGUUUUCACGCACGGACGCGGAAUUCAAGAGCGUGAUGGACGCGGACGAGUGCAGCGGCAGCACCGCGCUCGCGCUGUGCGUCAGCGGGAGCGAAUGCUUCGUCGCGAACGCCGGGGACUGCCGCGCGGUUUUAUCGCGACACGGGACAGCGAUCGACCUGUCCGCGGACCAGCGCCCGUCGACGUCGGUCGAGCGCGCGCGGAUAGAAGCCGCGGGGGGAUACGUCGAGGACGGCUACAUCAACGGGCACCUCGGCGUCGCGCGCGCGUUCGGGGACUUCCACAUCGACGGCUUGAAAGGCGGCGCCGACGGAAAGCCCGGGCCGUUGAUCGUGACCCCGGAGGUGGAGACGCGCACGCUCACGACGCAAGACGAGUUCAUCGUCCUCGCGUGCGACGGUCUGUGGGACGUGUUCUCGUCGCAGAACGCGAUAGACUUCACGCGGAUUGCGCUGCGAGGGCACAACGACCCGGAGAUCGCGGCGAGGGAGCUGUGUAAUGAAGCUCUGCGAAGGGACUCCGCGGAUAACGUCAGCGUGAUCGUCGUGUGUUUAUCUCGGGAUAAACCCCCGGACAAAGCGACGGAGCACGCGAGGAUCGCGCCGCCGCGAUCGCAGUUCUCUCGGACGAUAUCGAACGAAGGCCUGUCCGAGCUUCAAAGGGCGCUGAAAAGCGACAACGAGGCUGCGAAGAAGUCGCCGGGGUUGCAGCGGGUGCGGAGCAUAAACCCGCACAGCGGCGGCGGCGGCGGCGGCGAGGGGCUCAGCUUAGGGCACCUCAGUAACUUCUCGGAGGAGCUAGAGAGUCUGCACGUCGAUGGUGACGAUACCAUGGAACUGAGCGACGACGGGAUACGGAGGAUUCGGCGGCACAGCGUCAUGGACGGCAGCGGCGGCGGCGAGGACGACCACCUGUCGCCGCUCGUGGAGUGUCCGGAGACCGGUUCGCCGUACAGCACGAUAGACGGGGACGCGUCGCCGCACACGUUAUUAGGGGAACACGUCGGAGGGGGUAAAUAAAUGAUCUCCGCUUAUAGACGGAGGGGGAUGAUAGGCGCGUAUUGCGUAUUGCUAUGUAUUACUAUAUUAGCACGACG